AUGUUUCGAAGAUGUAUUUCAAGAUCCUUCUUCUCAUUACAAUUUCAAAGAUUCGCCAGCUCCAACAUAAACAACAUAACUAUUAAUAGAGCUGAUUUACCCCGGUUGAAAGUCACCACUAAAGAUUUGCAACAGAAUAAGAAGUCCUCCUCCUCGCCUAAUGGUAGUGGCACUCUCGACCCGGAUAAUUGCCCGCCAUCAUUAAAGGAAAUCAGGCUUUAUAUGAACAAGUACCCGGGAAAAGUGGUGAUGACCGAACUUGGGAAAUUCUAUGAAUUGUAUUUUGAAAACGCUGAUGAUUAUGGUCCAAAACUAAACUUAAAGGUUACCAAACGAAACUAUGCCGCGGCAAAAAUUUCUAUGGCGGGGUUUCCUACUCAAUAUUGCUACAAAUAUAUCGAUCAAUUGAUUAAUGUUCAUAAUGUCGGGGUGGUAUUGAUCAAACAGUACUUGAAAAAUCCGUUACUGACCAGUAAUGUGAAAAAAUUCACCCGAAGGGUUCAUCGGAUAAUCACUCCCGGGACGGUAAUUGAAGAAGAUAUGUUGGAUAACGAGAGAAACAAUUUCAUUUUACUGAUUCAUUUUCCAAAAGAUUUCAAUUCAAACCACUCGGUUGACUAUAAGGUUGGAUUGUGUUGGUGCGAUAUUUCCACCACGGAAUUUUUUGUGCAAGAGUCAAGUCUAAGUAGUUUAAUGAAUGACUUGUACCGUAUCAGGCCUACUGAAAUCAUUAUUAAUGAUCUCUUUAAAGUCAAGUUGACGGAUCAUUUGAAUUUAAUAUUCUUGACGCAGUGUAAUAUAAACUGGGUCCAGGGAAGUGUCGAUAAGGUUUAUAAUCCCCUGAAAUAUUUCCAGAUGUUUAAUGAGAGAAACCCAGAGAAGUUUGCCGAUUGUUUUGCUAGACUCUCAAGAUCUGAAAGAAAUUCUGCUUUUUUGUUAUUGGAUUAUAUAAAGCAGCAAUUCGAAAUUAACGAAGCUGAGGAAGAUCAAGAAAAAGAGGAGGAAACAGCCAUUAUUGAAGAGUUUGGUAUUCAAGAAUCGUCCUUCAACUUUUCAUUACCUGUGAGAAACAAAUUGGAAAACUUCAUGCUUAUUGAUUCAUCUGCUAGAGAGGCCCUUGAGAUCACAGAGACCAUUAAGGAUAGAUCUAAAAAGAAUACCUUAUACAAUACCGUUAAACGAACCAUAACUCCCUCGGGGGCUAGAUUACUAAGAUCAUGGCUAAACUCACCCCCAUACGAUUUAAAAGAGCUGAAACGAAGAUUGAAUUUUGUGAAAAUCUUUGCCCAUGGAAGCUUUUCCAUGCAUAAGCACAGAAUUCAGGAAAGUUUGAAGAAUUUGGCGAAUUUCGAUCCAAUGAGAUUAUUAUUUUCUAUAAGUUUCAACUCAAACGCAAUUAAUGGAAGCGUUGCUGGUAGUGAUAAUCCAAAUAUUAGAUUGGGUUGGAACUAUCUCUGCUUAUUGAAGGUGUUGAAUAAUUUUCUAUUCAUAAAACGAACCUUAAGUGACUUCAAAGGAACUAAGUCCUUCACUGAAUCUCUUGAAAAUUUCAACCAAGAACUAUCAAUCCCCAAAGAUUUGGUCACGAAAAUUGAGAAACUCAUCAAUAGGGAUAAUUUGGAAAAACUUCAUGAAACCAUUAACGAUAUUGAGGAAGGUAGCAAUGAUGACGAGCAACCUAUUGGUAAUAUAAAUGAGUUAUUUAACAGUAUGAAAAAGAGUUCGUUUCCAGAUAUGACAUGGAUUAUCAAUAUUGCCAACAUUGAUGAAAAAGAUUCUCAACUUGUGAAAAAUCAUAAAUUAUUGCAAGAGUUAUUAAUGAAUAAAAAAAAACUUGAACAGAAAAUGGCAAAGGUCGCUGAUAAGCUUCAACUAAAGACGCUUGAGCUAAGGAUUGAUAAUGAUUUGCCAAAUAUCUAUAUUCAAUAUCCAGUGAAACUAAACCUCACAAGCUCUAUACUUCAAGAAACUUUUGAAAUCACCAAUACAUUCAAACAAUCUAAGACCAGUCGCAAUUUCACCACGGCUGAGUGGAAUGAAUUGGGGUAUAAGAUCUCUAAAACCAUAAGAAAAAUAAGGCUUGAGGAGCUCAAGUUCUUCAAAAUUCUUCGAUUGGACGUUUUGUUCGUUUUUGAGGAAAUCAAAUCGACUGCCUUCCUGAUAGACUAUCUUGACGUUUUGAUAUCGUUUGCCAAUUUGUCCAAAGAAUUCAACUUGGUUCAUCCUACAUUGAACAAAAAAAUAGAAAUUAAUAUCGAAAGAGGCAGGCACAUCACGGUUGAGAAUAACCUUAGAAACAACGUGGUCGAAUUCCAGCCCAAUGACUGUGCAUUAUCCUUGGAUUCUGACAUUGGAUAUAUCAUUUCCGGUCCCAAUAUGGGCGGCAAAAGUACUUAUUUACGACAAAAUGCUAUCAUUGUUAUAUUGGCCCACGUUGGAUGUUUUGUACCAGCAAGCAGUGCCACUAUAGGAUUAGUUGAUAAGAUUUUCACCAGGAUCGGUGCAGCAGAUGAUAUUACCAAUAAUAGCAGUACCUUUAUGACAGAAAUGACCGAGACAUCUCAUGGGUUGAAUCACGCUACAAAGCGGUCUCUAUUGAUAUUUGAUGAGAUUGGUAGGGGAACCUCCAACAAUGAGGGAAUUGCCGUUGCCUACGGCAUAUUGAAGUAUAUGGUGACUAAAUUAAAGAGCAGGUUUCUUUUUGCUACCCAUUAUGCCCCGGAAUUGAAUUACUUGAUUUCGAUUAACGAUAAGGAUAAUAGCGAUUUUUGUAUGAAUGACAAAAUCUCUUAUUAUCAUACUACGUUGAUGAGUGAGUUGUUGAAUAAGUAUCUUGAAAAAAAAGCUUCCAACGUUAUACUGAGUAAUAUAUUUAAUGGAAGAUUUUUCGAUCACAGAUUAGUUCCUGGAAUCAGUGAGUAUUCACAUGCUACAUCUAUUGCGAGCUUGGCAAAUAUUCCAGAAGAUGUGGUUGAGGAUGCUAAAAUUGCGAUAAAUAUAAUGAAACUGAGAGGUAAUGAAAAGACGGCGUCGAAUUACAAAACAAAUUAA